CGGGCCCCGCGGGCAGGGGCGGGGUCCGAAAGCGGCCCCGGCGCGGCCGGCAGCGCUGGAAGCGCCGCGGGGGAACCUGAGCGCGGGGCCCGUCGCCAUGGACGACUUCGUGUCCAUCAGCCUGCUGUCGCUGGCCAUGCUGGUGGGCUGCUACGUGGCCGGCAUCAUCCCCCUGGCCGUCAACUUCUCGGAGGAAAGGUUAAAGCUGGUGACUGUCCUGGGUGCUGGGCUCCUCUGCGGAACUGCCCUGGCUGUGAUUGUACCAGAAGGAGUACACGCACUUUAUGAAGAUAUCUUGGAGGGGAAGCACCAUCAGGCCAGCGAGACUCAAAAUGUGAUUCAGUCUGAGAAAGCAGCUGAGAUACCAGCCGUGCACGAGCAUGGCCACGACCAUUCAAGAUUACACGCCUACAUUGGGGUUUCCCUUGUCCUGGGCUUUGUCUUCAUGCUUUUGGUGGACCAGAUAGGCAACUCUCACGUGCAUGCUCCAGAUGACCCAGAAGCGGGAAGAUCGAGCAAUUCCAAAAUCACUACUACGCUUGGACUAGUUGUCCAUGCUGCAGCUGAUGGUGUUGCAUUGGGUGCAGCUGCUUCCACUUCCCAGACCAGUGUCCAGUUAAUAGUGUUUGUUGCAAUUAUGUUACACAAGGCACCAGCAGCUUUUGGCCUGGUUUCCUUCCUUAUGCAUGCUGGACUGGAACGGAAUCGAAUCAGAAAGCACUUGCUGGUCUUUGCAUUGGCAGCCCCUGUUUUGUCCAUGGUGACGUACUUGGGGCUAAGCAAGAGCAGCAAAGAAGCACUUUCAGAAGUCAAUGCCACCGGAGUUGCCAUGCUUUUCUCUGCUGGGACUUUUCUUUAUGUUGCCACGGUGCAUGUCCUCCCAGAGGUUGGAGGAAUGGGCCAUAGCCACAAACCUGAAUCAGCUGGAGGGAAAGGACUCAGCCGCCUGGAGGUGGCAACCCUAGUCCUGGGUUGCCUCAUUCCUUUAGUUUUGUCCAUUGGGCACCAGCACUAAAGGUUCAAAGUCCAUCGUUUUCCUCUUCAAUCUGGUGAGAGCAUUAAAUGUCAGCUGCUCUCUUCAUUGUUGUCUCACACCAUCGUCCACCCCAUCUACACUAUGGAGUUCAGAGGGAAGCUUGAUUCCAAAAUGAGGAAUUCUGGGAAAGCUUUUAGUGUAGCAAAAAUACUUUGGCAGCCAGACAUAAAUUCUCUGUAACUUUCUUUUCUUAAGACGCUUGCUAUUUUAAUUUUUACUUCUGGCCCUUUCUCAGGGAAGAUGGAAUUUGGAUUUUAAGAAAGGUGAGUGGGGAAGAAUUUAGUGGCACAUCAUGAAGUUGCAAUCACCAAAGUAUUCUGUAACUCAGCUUCUGCAGUUGAGAGUCAAACAAUGAAUUGCUGCCUUUUUAAUAUGUUGAAAUCUUCUUACCAGUGAAAUAGGGGAACCGCCCCUACUAUUUUUUUAUGUGGUCCUGAUAUGUCACUAACUGGUGGUCCUUGUAAUAUCAAUGCCGCAAACUGUGCUGUAAAGGUGAAGUACUCAAACUUCUGGGCAGUGCUGUUAUUCUAACAAAUACUGAUGAUUGGAGAAAGCAUAUUGGAAAAAGUUUAGGGAAAAAGUCUUGGAAAUGAAAAUUCAGCUAGUUAAAGUGCAAAUGAAUUCUGCAUUCAUAUUCCCUAUAUGAACACACAAAGAAGAAACAAAGAAGUGUUCUGUUUUGCUUGGUUUAUGCAGUGGUUAGUUACUUUAAAGACAAAAGGGGAAGUGCGUUUUGGAAGAAGAUUUCCUAUCAUGUCCAUGAAGAGUAGAAACCAAAAUUAUAUACAGAAUUGGACACCUGGUACUGGUGUCUCUUGAAAUCAAGCUGCUCUAUGUGCUGGGAAAUGGACAACGGAUGGGAGUAACCAUUGAGAGAGAGGACCUAUGCUAGCUAUUUUUUUUUAAAUGUUGAACCACUGAAACCAGUGCUGUUUGGAUUUUUUCAUUAAAUAAAAGUAUUACGGUUAACAAAACAAAAUUUUGGGUUAAACAUUGACUCUGCAUAUUGACAAAGCAUGCUGAAAGCAGUUUGUAUAGUCUUAAUGCUCACAAACAACAAAUUAUUUUCCCCCUAAGAACCUGUUACAGUCAUGCCUCUUCUAACUUUCCUUAGAGUGUUACGACCACCACUUACUGAUGGUUUUAGAGAUGCAAUUCAGGGACUCUGUGCUAUCUGCUGAUGCUGUUGCCCCAUUGCAGUUUCAAGAUAACAUUCCUUCCUUUCCAAGAAAUGCCAUCUCUUGUCAGACAGCUUUCUUUUUUUCUAAUGCAAAAAAGGGGCAUCUCAGUAACUACUGUGCCUAAAAGGUACAGAACAUUUGAGAUUUUGCAGUUUGAAUACACACCCUUAAAAAAUACUUUAAGUUGUACUUAUUUUAAGCUCUAAUUUGAAUCUACUGUUUUUAAAGAUAAGUGUGGCCAAAUGUUUUCCAGUUCUUAUAUAUAUAUUUUAAAUUCUUUUAAACAAAUCUUUAAAGCUUGAAAUAACUGCUUUCUCUGAGCAUUUAUUGUUUCCAGGUAAAAAUGUGUGCCUCUGUUAUGCCAUCUGUUUCUUAUGGUGUAUAGGCCAGCAUCACUCUGAUCUUACUUUUUUGUCAUUGUCCCCAUUAUCUCCUGGCUCAGCAGUGGAUAUCGGCAUGGUUCUUGGAACAGGAUUUGUUAUAUUAACUAGGGAUCACUCUGUCCAUUGGCUUAGUAACAGCACAGCAGUAAUCCAGAAUCAGACUUUACUGAUGGUUACUGUUUCUUGGGUUGUUUCUUAUUAUAUAAAGAUGUAUUUAAAAUUGAAUGCAAAAUGAGUAGCCUACCUUUAAAAUUAGUUUUGUGGGAGGAUUUUUUUCCCAUUUUAAAUGUAUUAGGCCUAAGUGAUGGCAUGUGACACUAGAGCUUUAAAGCAUAGUUCUAUUUUACGAGAGAAACUGCAAAAAUAGCAAUGCCUUACUGACCAGAUCUUUUUCCUAUACAUUUAUAUAUACAUAGAGAGAGAGAGAGAGGGAAUGAAUGAAUGAAUGAAUAUAUAUAUAUAUAUAUAUAUAUAUAUAUAUAUAUAUAUAUAUAUAUAUAUAUAUAUAUAUAAUUUUCAGUUAUUUUCUCAGGUGACGCAUACAAACCUAGCCUUUUCAGUUAGUCCUGAAAAAAAACCUGACACAGCUAUGGCAUAGAGCUGGAUUAUAUUUCUUGGACACAAACACAAUUGUAUAAAUGCAGCUUGUAGGCUUGUGCAAAUCCAUUAAGUGUAGUCAUGGUGUAUAGAUGUCACUGAGGGCAUAACAUUGUUUGAAGAACAUUGAUUACAUCCAUCCUAUCAUUUCUACUGUAAAGACCUUGAUUUAAUUUUAGAUCUCAGAGUGAGUUUGCAUGGUGGGCAGUUGCCAGGGGGGAAAAUUAAUUUAAACAGGAAAAUUUGAUCUGGAGUUGUUGAGAGAGAGUGAAAAUCUCCCUGAUGACAUUUUUAUAGUAAUUUUUGGGAUAGAACCUCACACAGUUCACCUCUAUUUUUUCCAGCAGUAAUACUUGCAGUUGACUUAGCAUUGUGAUUUCAACAUCCAUGUUUGCCUUCAGGCACUAUUGUGUGUUACAUCAUCAUAAUGGUCAGAACCCCAUGCAUCCAUUGUAGGCAGGGGUCCCGUUUAGCAUCUUUUGCUACAGGGCUGAAGCGCUCAGCUAGAACCUUUCCAUACUGGACCAUUGAAAUUGAUGAUACAACAUUUAGCCUAGCUUUUGACAGAUUAAGUCACAGUGUUAUCCUUCUCCUAACACUGCUGAGGGGUUUUGUUGGACUUCUUUCCACUGACCCUUCAUAAGUUCAUGUCUGCAGCUUCUGGGACAGCAGCCAGAAAUAAUAAUGCUCAUCUUAAUAUUGUACAAAAUAAGUUUGCGAGGCUAGAGUAGUAAGCAGUCUUGUCCAAGAUUUAACAGCACAAGACUAAGAAGGACUCCUAAACUUAAAAUGUUGACAAAACAGUACAUAGGAAGUCCAGUAAUGUUCAGUUUCACUAGGCCUUUGAGUAAGUGAUAUAAAACUUCUUUUUUUUUCUACUUAGAAGUAACUACUUUGUUUUGGCUGCCUGUAAUCCUGUGUUUGCAGUUAUAUGGCUGAGAUUUCCACAUCAGAGGAGUUUUGAUGAUGUAGCAGAACGUAGUUUCAUUGAUCCCAAGAGACCAAACGUGCUAAUUGUAACUCCCAAUAAUUAAGGUGUUUUGGUUGGUUGGUUGGUUUGUUUGUUUUGGGUGGGGAGGGCAUGGGAUUUCUUUUAAAUGGGAAUUAGAUAAAACAACCUUUAAUCCUAUCCUCUUCCUUCCUCGUUUUAUUGUGGCUGAUGGGGAAGAUCUCGCACAUACAGAUACCAUUCCUCAGGAGACUUGGGUGCAGAUCAUUUCUUCUUCACUCUCCAUCUUUGUCUCCAUCUCUUCAUGGCCUUUCGGUCAUGUUGGCAGCAGUAGUUGAUACAGUUAAUAGCAUUGUAACUGAUUGGCAUGCACCAUUUCCUUCUGCAGAUCUCACCCCCAACCAUGAAAUCUCGGCAUCAUCUGUUCUUAAUGUAUGAAUUCACAGCAGGAAUCAAACUAAGUAUAGCUUGCUGUUGGUUCCAGUAUGUUCAGCCACUUUAUUAAAUGUUCUAAUUCUGUUCAGGGAACAGGAACAAAAAAGAGGUCUGUUUCCCUAGUACCCAGUGACAACUGAGAUCCAGAAACCUCAUUUGUAUUUACAGGCAUGAGAAUGGCAGGGCAGAAAGUUUUGAUAGCUUCUCCACAUGUUGUCAAUUGGCCACGUAUUAAACACAAGGAGCCUAAUGUCUACACCUGAGUUUCAAAGAACAAGUCUGCAGAAUAUUUCAAAAAUUAAUAUCCAGGUAACCCAGGAAAAUGACAGUAUUUUUUCGGGAGCUACUUCAGAGUCUGGUGAUGGAUUGCCUUACAGAAUCUCUUGGCAAUACUUGAUGUUGUCAGCUGCCCUCGAUAGCAUCAAGAGGCUGUGAGAGAAGGUUUUUGCUUCUUUUUCUUCUCUGUUUCAACAGCCACAGGAGAUGCAAGAGGAAGCGUUUGAUUUUUGUAUUUUGUGAUGGGAAGUCCUUAAAUUGAAUUCCAGACUUUAAAUCCAUCUUGAACUUCUAAAAAGGAGAUCAGACUUUCAUCUUUUCCUUUGGUUGCAUCUUCUAGCAGAUCUGACUUUUUCCAGGGAAUAAUGUUGCCUGGUCACAGCUGUUUACUUGACUCUGUGAACUGAACUGUAAUUUUAAUGUCUCUUUCCAAAUCAUUUGUACACGUGAAAUCAUUCCAUGAAUGGCUGCCUUAUUUUUUGUUAAUUUGUUUUAUUUUUUUCCACUUUAAUUGUGAAUGGUUAAAAAUGUUGUUUUUUGAUUUUAUUAUAUUAAAUUUUUAUUAGUUGCA